AUGAACAACAAUGAGGAGAACAGAAACAGCACCCGUGAGUACAUCACCAUCACCAUCGAACAGAGCAACAACGUCGAAGAAAACAACUCAGAAGGGAUCGACAUUGAAUCGCAAUAUGUCAAUGCCCUUGAUGUCUUAGCCGCACUGGCUGAGAACAGCGGUGUCACUCCUGUAGAGGCUGUCUCCAAGUUCGUACGUGACUUGGAUCGAAAGUUCAACAGACUCAUGGCACUUGAACAAGCCGAUUUGAUUGCCACCAUACGCGGCGAAGUCGUUACUCAGGAUCGAAGGAUGAUGCGGGAUUACCUUGAGGAGGCACUGGAAGUGGUUUGGGAUCUCAGAUAUCAGGCAAUGAUCAUCCUCCGCCGCAUGUAG